CGCGGGAGCACGAGUCAGUCGACAGCUGUGGCUACAAGGAGUCACCAGCCAUGAAUGCACUCGUGGUUUUAAUGGCCUUCCUGGUCGCCAGCGCCUACGCCGGUAACUUAGGCGGUGGUGCCGGUGGCCUGGGACCGGGUGCAGCAGGGCCUGGCGGCCCAGGGCUCAAUGGAGGCGGUGGUGGUCUGGGUCCUGGCCUUGGCGGUGCCGGCGGCGGCCUCGGUGAUGGUCUCGGAGGAGGUCUCGGAGGCGGCCUUGCGGGAGUUCUUGGCGCCGCACUGGGUGGUGGCGUGGGCGGCUUAGCAGGCCCUGCAGUAGCCACAGGUCCGGUGUCCGUAGGCGCCCCAGUUGCCGUAAGCCAGACCGUGUCCAUUCCAGCGCCAGUGGCGACACCCGUGGCUACUGUAUCUUUCCUGAAGCAGCCCGUGAUACACCUUAAGUACGUCACCAAGCCAGUGGUGAGCUACGUACGCCAUCCGGUGGCCACCGUCCACCACGCCAUCAGACCUGUGGUGCACGUCACGCACGCCGUGGCUGCACCGGCCAUCGCGGCCACCCCAGCUGUGGCUGCUGCACCGCUCGUGCUAGGCGGGUUCGGCGGACCAGCGUUCGUCGGCGGAUUUGGUGGCCCCGGGGGCCUUGGAGGCGUGGGCCUAGCGGGCUCAGGCUUCGGGGGUGCCGGCCUCGGAGGCGUCGGUCUCGGUGGCGUCGGUCUCGGAGGCGCAGGCCUCGGAGGCCUCGGAUACGGUGCUGGGGGUCUGGGUUAUGGAGGCGGACUCGGGGGUGGACUCGGCGGCGUCGGAAAUGGAGUGGUGGUCAAGACCAAGCAUCUGAAGUCCUAAUGAGUGUGGAAAGCGCAAGUUCAAGUGAUCUGGACCGACGAUGAUGCGUUGGGGAAAGCCGGACUGUUGCUGAGUCUUCCGCCGGUAGUGUCGAAUAACUUCGAGUGAUUCGUAGCAGUUGGAAUAGCGAAGUUUUGUUGUUGCAAUGUACAGAGUUACUAAUUAAACUUUCUGAGAAAGUGUU